UUUGAUAAAUUCUUAAAGUUGCUUUUUAAACUUCAUUUUCAGAUCAUAGCAAUGGAUCAUUUAACUUGAAAGCUCUAUCUGGAAGCUCUGGAUAUAAGUUUGGUGUUCUUGCUAAGAUUGUCAAUUACAUGAAGACACGACAUCAGCGAGGAGACACACAUCCUCUAACUUUAGAAGAAAUUUUGGAUGAAACCCAGCAUUUAGAUAUUGGACUCAAGCAGAAACAGUGGUUAAUGACUGAGGCAUUAGUCAACAAUCCUAAAAUUGAGGUCAUAGAUGGGAAAUAUGCUUUCAAGCCUAAGUACGACUUAAAAGAUAAGAAGGCCCUGCUGAGGCUCCUAGAUCAGCAUGACCAGCGAGGACUAGGAGGAAUUCUUUUAGAAGACAUAGAAGAAGGACUGCCCAAUUCCCAGAAAGCUGUCAAGGCUUUAGGGGACCAGAUACUUUUUGUAAAUCGUCCUGAUAAGAAGAAAAUACUUUUCUUCAAUGAUAAGAGCUGUCAGUUUUCUGUGGAUGAAGAAUUUCAGAAACUCUGGAGGAGUGUCACUGUGGAUUCAAUGGAUGAGGAGAAAAUUGAAGAAUAUCUGAAGCGACAGGGUAUUUCUUCCAUGCAGGAAUCUGGACCAAAGAAAGUGGCACCCAUUCAGAGAAGGAAAAAGCCUGCUUCGCAGAAAAAGCGACGAUUUAAGACUCAUAAUGAGCACUUGGCCGGCGUGCUGAAGGAUUACUCUGACAUUACUCCUGGCAAAUAGGGACAGGUUUGUCCUUGAACAGAGGACCGAUACACAUCAGGGUUGUUCUGGUCAAUGCUUGGGCUCCGAAGACUCACUGUCCUCCAUUCUGCUUCCUAGGGCUGAGGAGAGGAGCAGCUCAGUUUACAGAACAGGUGCAAAUUACCAGCCUCACACUCAAGCUCACUGGGCAGGCUAACGAGAAAUGUGAUGUUCCCUGUAACCUCCAGUUACGUUUUAGGGGGAAGGCACUGUGCGUGGCAUGCAGGUGUCUUUGCUGUUUGUCUGCUUCUACAAGGUUCCUGGUUCCAUUUUCCCUUGUUUAUUACUUUAGAGCAGAUUGACAGGUAGUCUUGAAUGCGAUAUUUGUUUAUUCCGAAAGAACAUAUUUAUAAUAAAAUAAUUGUAGAAGGAUUUUAAAGAUGUUAGUGAAUUCAGCUUGUUUCCUUUGAUUUCUGGAAAUGGCAGGCAGCAGUGCCGGCCUGGCUUCCAGGGCGCCUGUCUGGGGUUUGUGAAGAUGGAACUCUGCACUGUGUGCUGAGCAUGUGGGUCUCACAGUCAGAACACAAGGUGUUUCUCCUGUAGCAAGUUAAGCAAUAAAGAUGCACUAAACGUC